GUGGGACUGCGGCAGGCAUUCUGACACUGGGUGGGAACUGACUAACUGCCACUGACAUCGUAAUGACCUCAUACAGUGAUCAGUGCUAAUAAAAAGCACUGACACUGUACUAAUGGCACUGGGCAGGAAGGGGUUAAAAUCUGGGGCAAUCAAAGGGUUAACUGUGUGCUGUGUGUGUUUUACUAGGGAGAUAUGCUGCUGUGCAGAGAAAUACAAAGUUUUAUACACAGGUCUCUCCCCUGUCAGCUUUACAUGGGUGGAAGGCAAAGCUGACAGGGGAGAGACCUGUAUGUAAACAA